UAACCCUACUGCUAAAGAAAUGGAGAUGAAGCAAGAAUUGGAAUGGGCCCAAGCACAAAAGAUAGUCAUGAGCCAAGACCUUGUGGCCUCAGCCAAAAUGCAACUGCGGUUCCUCGCCGAAGUCGAUAAGAACCGUCACCUCUAUGCUGGUCCGGACUUAGACCGUGCCAUAUAUAGGUAUAAGAAAUUCUGGCUUCCAUUGUUAGCCAAAUUUGUGGAUGAAGAAGAGAUUGGAAAAUUCUCAUUGGCUGUUCCUCUUGACUGUGAAUGGAUCUGGCACUGCCAUAGGCUCAACCCGGUACGUUACGCAGCCGAUUGUAGGAAGGAAUACGGGAGGAUUCUCGAUAAUCGUAACGUCACAUCUUCAUUUCUUGCAUCUGAACAAACAAAAGACAUCUGGAGAACAGCAUAUCCAAAUGAACCAUUUGAGCUUCAUCUGAAAGAUGAUCAGAUCAUGGAAGCUUUACAAAUAGGAACAACAAACUAUGACUUGAUUUCAGCUGUCAAUAGACAAUCUCCCUUCUAUUACCAAGUAUCAAGACCAUGCAUGAACGAUGAUCACUAUCUGGAAGCCUCGGUUGAAAGGUACAAGGCAUUUUUGCACUUAAUCAAGACAGACAAAUUAAAUAGCACGAUGAAAUUCCGAGUCCCCACUUACGAUAUCGACCUAAUAUGGCAUGCCCACCAGCUCAAUCCCAUUUCAUACCGCAAUGACAUGAUGGCGAUUAUAGGGAACGUGUUGGGACACGAUGACACUGACUCUGAUAGGUCGAAGGGACAAAAAUUGGACACGGGUUUUGUCGAAACCACCCAGGAAUGGGAACAAACAUUUGGUAAAAGGUAUUGGAGAGCUGGGGCUAUGUAUAGGGGAAGUCCACCUUCUCAGUUAACUGAGAAUUUUGCUUCUAAUUUGAGCUUAAAUGAAAAGAAGACACUUGUUUUUCCAUCUAUUAAGUUUGAGAACACUAUCCAACUCCAACAGAAAGAGAAAGUGGAGGUUAUACUGGAGAUUGUUGAGAUCAAGAACCUGCCAAUUGGAAAGGAAGACCAUUUCUGUGUAUCCAUUAGUAAGAAACAGAAUGACAUGUUUUUCAAUUCAAGAAGAACGUUACCAUCGGGAUGUAAAGGGAAGAAAGUCACGGCAUUCACAUGCGAACCAAACGGAGAGUUGAUAAUCGAGAUCGUUGCUAAAAACCCCACUAGUUCAACCGAAAGCCUGGGAGUUGGUUCGAUUUCGCUAGAUGAACUGGAGCUCUUUAUGGAAACGUGUUUAGAGUUGAAGUCUUCUACUUCAAACAGUCUAUUGUCUUCGCCAGUUAGCAUCAGAGUGGCGAUUUCUUUAACCCCUCCAGUUAAAGCACCGUUUGUUUUUCAUGUCGAGGAAACGAAGGAUUCAACGGGUGUAGUGGAUGGGAUGGGCAAUAAAAUCAUCAAUAUCCAAAAGAGAGAUAAGACAGAACAACCGGCAACAGAGGUUGUCAAUGAGGAAUGGUCUCUGAUGGGUUCCAAAUUGUUGCUGCAGCCUCUUAUAAACGGUUAUGGUGAUAAUGAACUCACAUUUCUCCUAAUUGGGGACAAGAAAGUGGGGAUUUUUCAUGGGAGAAGGCUGGAAUAUGAAGUAAGGAACACUGGAAAGGAGAAGGAUGAUGUGAAUUGCAUCACAGUGAUUGAAUUCUCUGAAGAGAAUCCUUAUGGAAAAGCAAUGGCUAUGAUUGACUUCAAUUCUGGUGCUUUAAAGGUUGAACAAGAAUGGUUGGUGUUGUCUGCAAUGUCUCUAGUCUUGUCAACAAUUGAGAACUGCAGAGGUUAUUCUUUGGGAAUAAAAGAUAUGGAGAGGAUGUCAAUUGCUCGUUCAUGCGGUGUAGAAGCCAUGAGAGGUUAUGGAGGGUGGGAUAGAGUUGCAGUUGGCGGCGGUUGUGGAGGUGGUGGUGGUGGAGCAACAAUAACUGGCGGUGGUGGUGGUGGAGAAUACAUGCCCAUUAUUGGAAAGAAAGGAGCAACAAUUGGCGGCAGUGGAUGUGGGGGAGGUUGCGGUGGGGGAUGUGGCGGUGGUUGUGGAGGGGGGUGUGGUGGUGGAGCAACAAUAACUGGCGGUGGUGGUGGAGGAGAAUACAUGCCCAUUAUUGGAAAGAAAGGAGCACCAAUUGGCGGCAGUGGAUGUGGGGGAGGUUGCGGUGGGGGAUGUGGCAGUGGUUGUGGAGGGGGGUGUGGUGGUGGAGCAACAAUAACUGGCAGUGGUGAUCGUGGAGAGGAAUGCAUGGCCAUUAUUGGUAAGAAAGAAGGAGCACCAAUUGGCGGCAGUGGAUGUGGGGGAGGUUGCGGUGGGGGAUGUGGCGGUGGUUGUGGAGGUGGUGGUGGUUGUGGAGGGGGGUGUGGUGGUGGAGCAACAAUAACUGGAAGUGGUGAUCGUGGAAGGGAAUGCAUGGCCAUUAUUGGUAAGAAAGAAGGAACACCAAUAGGCAGUGGUGGAUGUGGGGGCGGUGGAGGUUGCGGUGGGGGAUGUGGGGGUGGUGGAGGUUGCGGUGGGGGAUGUGGGGGUGGUAUGCCGGCAUGA